AUGCAGGACUGCAUACCCGCUGUGCGGGACAUCCUCCUUGGCGGCGACCAGGGGCUGCAGCACUUCACUGCUGCUGGCAGCGCCGUGUGGCUCGCGUCGGACUCGGAGGCGCCUUUGGAGCAGGUGUUGCUGGACACGCACCUCGUCUCUCGCCUCAGUGGCAUCGUCUGCUCGUGCGGCGCGGUUGUACUCUCGGGCUGCCGCAACCCGCCUUGCGGGGCCCCGCGCGGCACGGGAACGCCGAGGAGCGCCGCGGCGCAGGUGGACGUCGCGAUGGGCGUCGAGGCGCUGGCAGGGCAGUUUCCAGCCGACGGGGUGCCCCCCCACUCCCGCGGUUGA